CACAUAGAUUUUUAUAUAACAUCAUUCAUCAAAAUUUGUCACGUCACAUUUAUUUAUUUUGAUUACAAAACGAAUUACAAUACAUUUGCGAGUUUUAAAACUUUCCUUAUAAUAUUAUAUAUAAUAAGAGGAUAAAAAACACUAGAAAAAUGAAGAUUCCUUACGUAGUUUCAUCUAACACGCGUGAGGCGUACCGAACCACAAAUGUGAUGAAGAAUUCUGUCGCAGAGCUUCCGAGGAAGAUCUUGGCAGAGGACUUCGAAUGGGAUGACGACCUGACGCCUGCUCCCCUCACGUACUUCGCUGCUCUUACGCUGUCUAAAGUUUUCCAUAGAAUCAAUCCCUUACACAGGAUUCUCCAGAAGGACGUGGACAUGCUUAUGGAUUUGUACCCAGCAACAAUUCCACUGAAAUAUAGUGUUCCUCAUAUAAAGGACGAGCAAUAUUGGAAAAGGUCAUAUGCAACAAAAUUUCCCGACAGGAAAGAGUUGGGCAUUUCUUAUUGGAAAGGAAAGUUUUUGUCGACAUGCUUGCAAGAUUACUUAGAAAAAGUAAACCCUGAUGUAUUUAUAGAAGAAGAUGCUGUAGAAUUGGCAACUUUGGUAAGCCCUUACAUUUACGAGUUGGGUCUCAGUCAGUUGCAAAUGGUUCGCCAGCCGAAUCCGCCUGUUCCUUACGAGAACGUUGUGGAGGACACCUGCAUCUACAGCGUGCCCAAGCUGUACGACCACAUUCCGCUCGAGCCUGUACUUAUGAAGCUGUACAACCUGCAGGAAAUAUCAUUAGUGUUCGGCAUCAACAAUGUCGCUGAGGGAUAUUUGCCCAGAUACUUCGAAUUCUCCAUGGGAGACUGUGAGUCUCUGUGCAGGGGUCUGGAAGAUUUGAGACAUCUAAGAUUAUUUAGAAUCAACCGGAGCAACUUAGACUGUUCAAAAGUGAAACUCAUUCUGCAAAAUUUGGUCAAAAAAGAGAGCAUUGAAGAGUUGGAUUUUAACCAUUGCAAGAUUGGUGAUUACGGAAUGAAAGCUUUGGGUGGUUUCAUCUACAUUCAUAAUAACGUGAAAGUAGUUAGGAUAGCCAAUAAUCGCUUCAAGGAAGUCGGCGUGCAGGGUAUCGCGUAUGCAUUGCAAAUGAAGCCCGCUGCCCCGAUAGAGCUGAUUGAUUUCAGUUUGAAUCCGAUGUCCCUCGAAUGUGCGACAAUAUUCGCCGCAGCGUUUGUUAGGUGUAAGGAAAAGCCGCAAACUUUGAUUGUCAAUUCGUGCGGUUUUAGCGGCGCCUCCGCAGAGAAGAUGGCUGGCCUGCUCAGUCUCAAUCGAGGUUUGACGAGAUUGGAUAUGGCGGCGAAUGACUUAUCAGGUGAAGCCGAGGAGACACUCAUACGCGCCCUGGAGCAAAAUAAGAAGGUCCUCCGUAUUGAUCUGCGUAGAACUCAUAUAUCGGAAGCAACGCAAGCCAAAGUUGAUGAGUUGUUAGAGCGAAACAAGAAGCUGAUCGGGCAAGAGAUCGAGCCUAGUGACGAGAUUCCGCCCCUGUACCUCAACGAGCCCGAGUAUCUCAUCUGGGAGUACAACCCUAACAACCCCGACUAUAUUCCCGGCAGAUAUCCCACUAGAGUUCCAGAAGUCUAAAUAUCAAUUCACAUUUUCUUUGAGGUUAUUUCUACACCACUUUUUCCAUGAUUAUGGUAAACAGUUACAAUAUUUUUUAUACCGGCUACACAUAAUCGCAGCGAAAUCAGAUAGAUGCCGCCGAAGGUUAAAUAGAUAUUUUUUAAAUCACUUUAACUUGUAUUUAACAGUAUCAUUUGUUAUAAUAUACUCUGCUCACCACAAUAUUGAGAAAGCAAUAAUGUUAAACCUGGUACAACCCACCCUUAAUGUAUUUUGUCAUGAUCAUGACCGAACAUAGCAUUUCGUAUUUAGCUCUCGUCGUGAAGAUGACAUAUCUAGUGAAACAAACUAAUAUUGAUUUAUGAAACUCGGCUAGUUGGUUGGAAUACAUCCUCUGGUCCAUAGUGCAGCAGCCAGAGUCCAUAAUUUAUUAACAGGUCGCCAGUGCGCUCGGCAGCCGGUGACAGCUUUGCCUCCGCGACUAAAUGUUAAGAGCUACAGAACUGAAUGACUGCUAUCCAUUUGUCUACCUACAGUCUGGAGUUGUGUGAAUUGAGAAUUUCCAUUUGAUAAUUAUAUGUUAUAUUUUUUUAGCUGCUAUAAAAUAUAUAUUUAUAAAAUAUAUCGUAGAUAAACCUAGAAAAUAAUGGAAUUUCGGACUAUAAAGUUCGUAUCUAAUUGAAAUAUAAUUUAUAUUCCUACAUAA